CCACUUUUUGAACAUUUAAUCGUAGACCGCACCUUAGAGCGACACGAAUUGUUUUUACCUUUUUGAGAAAAAUCGCGAACUAUUUCGGUUAAAAAAUCGAUUAAAUAAUUGACUUUUCCAUUUCAAUUCAUAAACAAAACAUUGUGCGUAGUGUUUUCUGCAUUUUUUUAUUGUCUUUAAGUCGUCUGAACGGGUGCAUUGACUAGAAAUUUAUCGAUUAAAAGUGUAACACCGAAUUCGGGCAUAAAAUAUAAUUGAUUGAAAGCCAACAAGAAAAAUGAGUUGAACUAAAAACAAUCAAAAUGCCGAGAAACUUGUAUCAAAAUCUAGUGAAAAAAUGUGUCUUACUAACGAUAUUAGUGUUUGUCGUUGUAAAUAGUCAAGAAGUGUCUUACAAUGAAAUCAACAGCGACAGUGAAUUGAAUUCGAAUAGUGAAACAGAGCUCCAAGGUGGAGAAAUUGUUGGCGAAAGAACGUUACGAUUAGCGGAGAGUCCGUAUGUGUUAAAAACGGAUUUGAUUGUGGAGAAUGGUGCCAGAUUGUUCAUCGAACCGGGUGUUCACAUCCAUUUUGCUCCUAUGAUUGGGAUUACAGUCAAAGGCGAAAUUACAGCUGUGGGAACACCGGAACAACGCAUCAUUCUAACCACACAAUCGAAUUCUGGGUAUGAUGCUAGCAGCAGCAUCACUCCAGAGGAUUUGGGUGCACGUUUAGUAGAUGGUCCCUCGCCAUUAGCCGGUAGACUACAAUUGUUCCAUCAGGGAAAAUGGCGAUCCGUUUGUACAAAUUCCAGGAACUGGACAAUACCAGACUACGAAACCACUUGUCGGCAAAUGGGUUUCCAGGGUGGACGUUUUUGGAAUUGGAUGGAAAAAAUACAAAAUUUUGAUCCGAGAAUGAUUUAUGAAGAGCCUGCUUGCCGCGGUACCGAAUCGUCAUUAACGGAAUGCAUGUGGGAUUCACGACAAAUCGGUGCAGGAAGCUGUGAUUAUCAUAACGAUAUCGGGGUACAGUGCCUUCCUCUACACGAAACAGCAUCGUCGAAUUGGCGAGGCAUUCGAUUCGAGAAUGCUCCAACGGAAUUGCGAUUAGCUUGGGACAAUACUGUUUAUGAAUCCGUCUCCAAAUCACAACUGCAAUACGUGGAUAUUAUUCGGGCUGGCUCGGGACGUGGUCGAUCAACUGUGGCCUCGCUUGAAGUUUUAGGCAAUCCACCAGUCAUGAGCUUUGUAACCGUCGAUCAUUCUGCAUUUACGGGUAUUAAUAUCACACGACCGGACUCUGCAUUCACAAUACGGGAAGUGACGGUUCGCCGGAGUAGAGGUAUUGGAAUUUUUGUAAAUUCCAGUUAUGGAUUUGCACAUAUCGAAGAUUGUAAAGUGGACAAUAACGGAGACGAUGGCAUCAAGUAUGUUGGACAUGAUCUACGAUCCGACGAACGAAUGGAUCGCAGCAGUAUUUUCGACUUUUGUACAUUACCCACGACUGCUGGCCAAACAUAUCCGAUAUCGGUGUCACUAAAACAAUCGCAAUUCGCUGGCGCAACCAAAGAAUGCGCAAAAUACUUUUUCACGAAGCCCGGCUACCUUCUGACCGUGAGCUUUGUUCAUUUUGUGUUAAAGACAAACGAAACGGCUGAACUACAAAUAUACGACGGACAGUCUACCAAUGAUCGACUGCUGACGUCGUGGUUACUAAGAAACAACACUAGACCGCAAAGUGUGACGAGUACGCGAAAUCAAAUUUACGUAAGAUUUCGAGCGGAUCCUAGAUCGCAAGUGGUUGGAUACUUACGGCUGACAACUGGACCGUUUAAGGCUUAUGACUUGAAUGUGACAAAAUCUGUGGUAGCUGAUAAUGGUGGUCGUGGCAUUGCCAUCGACAAUUUAAGAUCUCAGAUACAUGUGCAUCGUAGCUCUGUAUCGAAUAAUGGACAUGCAGCUGGAGUCCAUGUAACAAGUGGUGCUGGUGAUGUAAAUGUGACAGAGAGUCACAUUAGUUUCAAUCACGGCGGAGGUGUUAAUGUUACGUACUACGGUGGUAACCGAAACAUUUCGAGGUCAUCGAUAAGCUCGAACGUUGGUUAUGGAGUUGCGGUAUGGCUGAAUGAAACCAUCAAUAAGGAUCGUCAAGAGUUCGUGUCAUUCAACCAGACCUCAGUGGUUGAAUAUUCGGAGAUUAUCAAGAAUUUGGAGACGGGAAUAUUGCACGGUAAUUUCUGUGGCAAUUCAUACGUUAACAUUACUGGCAAUCUGUUCAACGAAAGUCUGUCGAACUCACUAGAUGUUCAGACUUGUUGGUUUGCCCGGAAUGAAGGACAAUUCCUGCGACUACAGAUCGGACACAACGUAUUCGAACACGACAACAAGAUUGGCGUGAUUAUAAGUCCGGCUUUGAAUUUAAUCGGAAAGAUCGAAUACAAUCACUUCCGGCACGGUAAAUAUGGAGCUCUACUCAUCCGGAACAAACCGUGGGAAGAAUUCCUUCGACUACCAGUGAAACUUACCGUGCAGAAUAAUCAAUUUUAUCAGAACACCGGUGUGUAUGUGGUUUCGUUAGGCCUGUCUCCGUUCGGCGAUCGGGAAGUGCAAUCCUUGCUGUUCACCAGAAACUUUGUUCGCAUGAAUAAAAUUAGCGAGCCGUUCGGACCUGUCGAGGAUGAAGGCGAAGGAAAAUCUGGUGAGAAUAGAUUGAGUCCCAGGUCACGAGUCGCAGCUCCAGUCGUUAUUUCAUCUAGUAAUGUCGAUGUCUACCGAAAUAUAAUCCAAAACUUGGACUCGAAAUAUGAAGUCGGAUCGCAAAUAUCCGACCAAAGUCAAGUGAUAAAUGUGACCUACAAUUGGCUGGGACACAGUGAAGAAGAGCAAAUUUUUAAGAGACUGUUCCAUCGUAAAGAUCGAUACGAUUUAGCUAAAAUAGAAUACCUUCCGUACCUGCUACACAAUUCGAAUCCCGGUGCGACAACCAUAAUGCAAUUUUCGACAUUCGUUCCGAAAUUCUUUACUGAGGGUUCCGACCAUGUCGGCGGUGAAGUUGAUGGCCAGGAAAUUCUACCAACUGGCGUUUACAACGUUGACCGUGACAUCAAUAUUCGUCCCGGCGGGAAAUUGAUUCUUCAACCUGGAGUUGUGCUUAACUUUGCACCAUCUGUCGGUAUGAUGGUUGCUGGUAAGCUGGAAGCGCGAGGUCGAAGUCCCGACGACAUUUUCUUCACCUUGAAACGAGCGCCUGUGAUGACAUUCGAUAACGAAACCGUUGAAGGCGAAACGGAAAAUUUGGACAGUGAAACAGAAAUGAUAAUUGAAGUGCCAGAGGCAGCGUCAACAGUUCCCGUGCGAUUGUUGGGCGGUUCAACGGAACACGAAGGACGAUUACAGGUGUACAUAAGUGGAAAAUGGGGUACGGUAUGUGAUUAUGGCUGGACUCAGAUAAACGCUGCGUUGGUGUGCAAUCAGUUAGGACUUGCAUUGAAUCCAUUGGACUGGCGUCUACUACGUUCCGAAGUACCAAAUGCCGGAACUACAGAAGAUGUAAUUCUGUCGAAUGUACGGUGCACGGAACAUGACAUCGAUAUCACUAAAUGUCGAGCAGAGCGAGUUUCACAUGGCGAAUUUCUGAAUUCUUGUAGCCAUGAGUACGACGUCGGCAUUAGAUGUUACGAAGGUGCAUGGGCUGGAUUAAGAUUCGGUGUCUUAGCGGAACGAGCUGAUCUACAGUAUGUGACAAUUGAAAAGGCCGGAUUAUUUGACUACGCGACAAAUACGUUCAAGCCCGCUGUCCAGAUGGAUUUUGCUAAACACAACUUGGAAAAUGUACGUGUCGUCAACAACUUGCAUGACGGAUUGGGAAUAAUUUACUCGGACAUAUACGGCGGAUCCAUCAACAACGUGAAGAACUCGGAGUUCGCAAAUAAUCGCGGAAGUGGAAUCAGUUUGAAACAGUUAGGACUUCGCAUUCAUGGUUCCAUCAUAAAGGACAAUCUCGGCUCUGGCAUCAAACAUGACUCUGUUAUCUCGGCAAUCGAACAGCGUGAAUUAGCUGGAUGGUUUCAUCUAGCACCCGAUUUCAACGUUCAGGAAUCAGACUACCAUCCAAUGGUUCUCCCAAAGGAAAGUUCAAAUAUCGACGUUGAUAUGUGGCAAAAUCGACACAUUUUAACUGCUAAGCAUUCGGGCGAUCCAAUUGAGAAAACAAUUCACAUCAGAUGCCAACCGGGCUAUGUAGUGGGACUGCAACUUCUGAAUCCCAUUCAAAAUGGUUCCACUGAAGACAUUUGGAUCUAUGAUUCACAGACUGGAACGACCGAAUCAGAUGUGUAUCAACUCAGCCGUGAUUUGUCGGUAUUUCCUCUAUCGAGCAGCAGUUAUGGAAUUGUGUUGCACUACAAAAGUGGAUUGAAUGCUCUGGGUGGCGUUGUGCUUGUAAUUUCCACGACUUCAGCUCCUGUUCAAAAUAUCCCCAGACGCAUCGUUCGUGGUCCAGUACCAACACUUCUUGUAACAUCCACAAAAAUUCAACGAAAUUUACGCGGCAUCUCAGCCACGUACUACAAUCGUUAUUUGGGUGAUCGAGGCGAGCAUUACUUGCGCAAGGCUAACGAGUCCAUCAAAAUUGUUCAGUGUGAAAUAACGCACAGCCAGGACCAAGCAUUCUAUGUUCAUUCACCAUUCUGGGAUGUCCAUACCAGUAAUCUGUCGGAGAUAACCAUCCACAUCAACAACACAUUGAUCAUGAGUAAUGGGCAAGGAAUUCAUCAAUUUUCGCGAGAUCUCCGGUCGUCGAAUAAUCUUUUCCAUUAUGUUGUCCAAGACACAACGGUUGAAGGCAAUCGUCAAGGUGGCCUGGACAUCAGUUUACCGUACGUAUGGCAAUACAAUGAGAACUUUACACACUCUGUGUAUCUGGGCAACGACACUUGGACGCGAAACGUUCAAUUCGGUGUGAACAUAAUGGGCCAUUAUGCCGUUGUUAAUAUCACCGGCAAUGCCUUCACGGAUAACGACUGUGAGUACGGACUGAUUGGCUUCAAAGGAAUGGAGAAGAAAUUCAAAAUCGACUACAAUCGCAUAUCUGGCAACAAUGGCAAAUAUAUGGUCGAAUUCCGAGCGGAUAGUUUGAGCGAGGUGUUGGGUGAAGUUCCGGCCAUAUUCGCGUACAACGAAAUCAAAAACAAUCGAUACGAAAAGCUUGCCAGCGUUACCAGAGGCAGUUUUCGUUUACCGCCGAGAGGACGUCGUGUGUACACCAUGGAUCCAACGUGUGUGAUAGGAUUCGGCGGUGUGCAGAAAGUGAAAAUUUUCCGAAAUUUGAUCUCAAACAACAACAUGAACUACGAUCUGGUGGCUGGAGUUAAGUCCGCUAGAUUGAAUAACUUCUUAGAUGCGACGGAAAAUUGGUGGGGAUCGAUAGAGCCGGACCACAUACUGACGAGAAUAUUUGAUUUCGACGACUGGAACAAUCAUGCCGAAGUGCAGUUCAGGCCAUUCUUACUCGAAGACAAUGUUGAUGGCAGUGUGUCUGUGAAGUACGAUGACAACAGAGUGACUGACCUGGACAAUAUUGGAGGAAGAAUUUUCGAAGAUGUGCAAAUAUUCCAGAAGGGCAUUCCGUACAUAAUAAACGCCGAUAUAACUGUGAUGCCUGGUGUAACGUUAACGAUUGGACCGGGUGUUGAAAUGGAAUUUGCGCCGAACGUCGGCAUAUUGGUUUUGGGAACGUUAAUUGCUCGUGGUGGUGCAAGCGGUGAAAUUGUUCUUCGACCUCAAACGCCAAAAGCAGCCCAGACAAGAAAAAUCGAGAAACGCGCCAUCGAACACAUGACGAACUAUGACACAAUCCGCUUGUGUACGGAACGAAAUUGCACAUUGGACGAGAAUGAAAUCGACCCGACGCAUCAAGGAUUUCUGGAAUAUUUCAACCAUACCACCUUGCAAUGGGUGCCCAUUUGUGAUCGACGCUUCACCGAACGAAAUGCCCAGGUUGUGUGCCGUGAAUUGGGCUACGAUCCGUUGGAUGUUUUCUUCGGUCAUGACAAACGGAUCGAAUAUCACACCAAUUCGUUGACGCGAAUUUGGUCAUGGGUGCAACCCUUAGAAUGCACCGGAACUGAAUCACAUUUCAGCGAAUGCGCCGAACGAUUGAAUGGCCAAUUGUAUGGUCGUCGUCACGAAUGUCAAUGGCGCGAUGAAUUUGUGUUUGUAAGUUGCAACGGUGUCGCCAAUUCCCGGCAGUAUUGGGGCGGUAUUAGAUUCGCCCAUUCGGAAUUCGAGAGCAAUGCGUUUGAAGAUAGACUGCACGAUGUCAGAACACGCAGUACACGAGCACCGGAAAGUCAUCUAGAAUUUCUCCGCAUCGAACGAGCUGGUAUGCUGCACAAUGAAAAAUCGCCGGCCAUUCAAACGAUAUUCAAAAAUCCCCUGAUCAGUUCCGUGACGAUUGUAGAUAGUGCUCACCAUGGAAUCAAUCUGGUGUCACCCAGUGAAACGAUCCACUUACGGGUGGUAAACAUUACGAAUGCAUUGGGUCAGGGUAUCAAUGCUAUUUCGUUGACCGGUGAAGGGCGUGAAAGUGAUGAGUCGAGCUUCAUACCAUUAAAAGGUUUGGAUCUUCCGUAUCACCUGUUCUCGCUGAUUGACAUCUGUGAUACGGCUAAGGAGAUAACGAUCGAAGAACGAGUGAUCGUGUAUUACAAGUACGACAAUAAUCCCGUCAAUUGCGUCAAAAUAUUCAAAAGUGCCUAUCGCGUCAAGCCGUUGGGUUUCCGAUUACUUCAAUCGAACUUGUUCAAUCAUUCGAAGGAGUAUGGUCGACGUGACUCGAUUCAUCUGUUCGACGGUGACAUUUACAACAUUACGGCGAAAUACAUUGGCGGAAUUGAAGCGGAAGGCGGCAACGACAAAAAUUUGUUCCGAACACAGGGUCCAAUUUUGAGUGUUCGAUUGAUUGCCAGCGGUGCUCCGGCCAAGCACGGAUUCUUUGCUGAGAUUGUUACGCUACCCAUCUCAUCGAUUGGAUUCAAUCGUGAUGCCCAGCACAACAUUUCUAACUCAGAAAUAUCCGGGACAGUUGGUGGAGCGAUUUCUUAUACAACGGCUGGAGAAGUGUCUCCGGUUCUAACAUUGGAAAAUAAUCGAAUUUUGAACAAUUGCCGUCAGUUGUACGGCAACUUCUCGACAUGUGAAUCUUCUAUUAGAGUUGAUGUGCAGAACAUGCAGACAAUUCACUUCAGAAAUAAUCUCGUGCAAAACAAUCAAGGUGGACUGUACAUCCGGGCCGAUUCACGAGGUUCGGCCACAUCGCUACGUGCCUUCAUUCAUCACAAUCUGUUCUCGGGCAAUAAGAAUCGACCGACACUGUUCGCAGAGGGCCGACAAUCGUCGCCGUAUCAACAGAUAACGAUUUUCAAAAAUUAUUUCACACAAAAUGCGGCCGGGUAUGCGGAUGUGAUCGCAUUGCGGCAAGUCGUAUCGAAUUUCACCCACAAUUACGUGCACAGUAACCGUGGUGGACGGAUUGUGGAAAUUUCCGGCUUCGACAAGGUUCGAUUGCCCAUUUAUCAGACAACGGCCAGAAAUGGAUUUUAUGACAACGUGGCUACGGACUGGCGUGGUCGUGCAACGAUAGUGGCGGGAACAGCUGGCCAGCACUAUAUCGAUAACAUUUUCUACAAUCCGGACAACGAUUACGAAAUGAUCACGGUGAAUCGGUCAAUAUUUGAAUUCCAGUUUUGGAACAGUACGGUCGAUUUAUGGAAAACGAAAAUUGAUGCAAGUCACAAUUACUGGAAUUACAACACCACGUUGGCCGUUGGUGGUCGGAUACGUGAUCGUGCAGACGAUCCCCUUCUACUCGAAGUGCAAUUCAUGCCAUACCACAUGAACAAUCAAUCGAUAUUGGAUGGUAAAUGUCCGCCGGGAUGGUCAUUGCUCGGCGACACGUGUUACGUGUACAUUGGUGCCCCGAUGACAUUCCAUGAAGCCAGAGACUUUUGUCGAUCGGACAAUGCUUCGCUACCAUUCAUCCGCGGUGAUUUGACGUCGUUGUGGAUGUACCUGCAGCGGCAAAUGAUUGAUUUGCGUUAUCCGCAAAAGGUUUGGGUCCAAGAUCUUGACUAUCUCGAACAGUGUACGAGCUUUAUUUAUCGUAAUGUGGAAAUUGAUCCGUGCGAUACGCGACGGGGAUUCCUAUGCGAAAUGGAUCCGAGGGUCGUCAUCAAUCCACUAUCGUGGCAAGCCGACAUUAUCGCUAUCAGCGUCAUCAGUUCCUUUGUCCUUGCGUUGCUGCUAUUACUGCUGUUCGGAAUUUGUUGGUUCACAAAAUCACGGCAUCGACAUGUUCAACGUUUGGAGCGACGUAACAGCAUUCGACAGAGUUUGCGCAGUUUGAAUACCAUUGGUGUUGAUCCGGGCACAAUGCGACGACGAAAUUUUAAUGUGUCCCGGUCUACGGACACAUUGACGAAAUCAACAGUUACUGACUACAAGAAAAUGAUUUCGAAUGGUUCCAUCGACUCAAUGGACAAAAGUGUUCUGAGCUCAGAGACAAGCUACGACAUCUAUGAGGCACAUCAACAACAAUUCGGAAACGGGAAGCCUGCGUAUGCCGACCCAAGGUUUCCGGAUACUCAACGAAAGGCACCAGCUGAACCGAAAGUGUACGGUCUGCCUGAUUAUAGUCCGCAGGGUUUUGAGCUAUCUUUCCGAAACGAAGGAUUCAAGGACAAUUCGACUUACACUGGGACAAGGAACAAUUCAGUCGGCACCUACAUCAAUGAGGAUACACCGAUUAUUCAUCAGAUUGAUCCGGAAGACAGUAACUCGGAUUAUUACGGCAACUCGAGCACUCUACCGAUGCGAGUCAAACAGGACAAUUUGUCAUUCCUAACCGAAUUGAAGCACAAAUUGCCCGAUUACGAGAAAUUGCCGAAACAGAAACCGGUUCAAAGCAGUUUCCUUCCAACGCCACCCGAAUCACCGUACCCACGCGGUUCCAGUACGAAUACAUCUCAAUACGAACGACAAGUGAACACUCCAUCACCCAAGAAAACGACACACGAGUACCAGAAACCGGAGGUUCGACGGCCGAAUGCAUUCACAAGUCCACCACCGGACAUCCGACGACCGGACUCCUAUUACACGGCAAUGCGAACCGCACCGGAAUCGAGACCGCCACCACCGCCAGUAAAUCGACCGAAAACCGUUUACGAGGCCUCGGACGAUCGACGAGCAUACGCACGGUCCAAAUCUGAAGCCAUAUUGGAAACGAAUUUCGAUGACGAAACAUCACUUCCGAAUCCGCUCACAAGUGAUAGCAGAAGCUACAGCCAACCGCUGGAGACUGCAAUGUAGUUUUUAGAAUGACACUAGUUGUAGGGAAACGAUUUUUUUUUAUUUUUAGAAUUUUAUUAUCGAAAAUGAUGAGGAUGCUACAAGCAAUGCAACACGGAAAGUAUUUUGUUUGUCGAGUAGUGCUCAUUUGACCACCAUAUCUGUGCAGUGAAAAAGGAAAUUUGAUCUACAGGAAUGUUUGUUGUUUAGGUAAAAUUCGAUGAAUUGUUGAAAAUUUUGUAAGAAAAUUUUACUUUUGGUGUUCGAUAGAGACUGUUUUUAAUGUUAGAUAUGAGAAAGGAUUGGAUAAAUACGAUAUUUUUGUAUAUCCACCAGCAAUCAAAUGAAGAUAUGACAUGAAAUUCAAUAAAUUUAAGCUACGAAUAAGAGCAACGAUCGAGCACAAUUUUUCACUUUAAUUUGGCGAACGGACGAUUUGUGUUGAUAAGCGAUGUGAUGUUUUUGCACCUAUUUUAUGAAUAGAUUAAGUUCCGGGAUCCGUAUGGUUCCACUUAUCCAAAAAGCUUCUAGUCAUCAGGUCGAUAAAUCAAUUUUCGCUCCGGAAAAAUUUGAAAAUGGAUACAUCGAUCAAGACUUUUAGAAUUUCGUGUGUGUCUUCACCAUUCUGUGAUUGUAGUUACUGGCUAGGGAACAGUGGCUGCUACACAUUGACUAAUCGGGGCUAUUAUUCGAAAUUUUUAUUCCCAAAUUUUUGAAAAUUCUCAACAAUUUUUUACAAAAAUCUGAAAAUUCUUCAAUUUGUAAAUUUUUAAGAAAUAAUUCUCAAAAAAAAUCUUUAAAUUUCGAAAUAAUAACCUUGUUGGCUACUCGACCACUAAACCCAUUAUUAUCGAUCGCUAGCUAAUUGCAGCGAAGAUCUCAUUUCUUUAGAAGUUUGAAAUUUCCGGAUACUAAUGUAAAGAUAGUAAGAAUCAUGUUAGAAAUAAUGUCACUAACACUCCCAAAUAUGCCCUAUAUUUUCAUUAGGAGUUAAGAAUUCUGUGAAAGUUAAAGAGUUUUUGUGAAUUUUGAUAACUUUCAAGAAUUUCAAUUCUCGAAAGUUCUUGAAUGUGCUCGAAAUCCACGAAAAUUCCUGGAUACUAAAAUUCUAAAGUUAAAAAAUUUUCAGGAUUUCUUUAGAAUUUUCAGAACAUUCAAAUUCUUAAAAACUCCUAAAAUUGACGCCAUAAGUGCGGUCAAACUUCAAAAUGGAAAGUGCGUAAUACUUUCUAACGCAGCGUCAUUUUCAUACAAGAAAGCGUUGAAAUUUAUUUUUCGGUUCACUUUUUCAUCGAAUCGUUCACCUCAACAAAAAAGAAGUUUUUCCGAAAUGCACCCAAAAACUCAGAACACAGUAAAAUCGGACCAGUUCCUUCUCCAUACAAAAUUUUUCAUUUCAUGAAAUUUCAUACACCUCUCUGAAACCGUUUGGUCACAAAAGUUCAGUGUGUGGACAUAUUUUGAUCGAAGCUAAUCUUCAUCUUAUAGUCAGAGGUCAUACCUUUCUAACGAUACUGGCGCACUUACGACGUGAAUUCUCGAAAAUUCUUGAAAAUCAUUUUUUUUUAAUUUUAAAAGUUUUUGAAAUUGUUGAAAUUUUUGAAAUUCUUGAAAAUUCUUGGACAUUCGAAACUACAAAGUUCAAGAAUUUUCGAGAAUAUUCAAGAAUUUCAAAAUAUUAAAUCCUUGAAAUUGAUGACAUUCUUGAACUGUCCCGAAAUUCUCAAAAAAAAAAAUCCUGAAAAUAGGCCCUGAUCAUCACAGGGCAUCAAUUUCUUUACAGCUUUUCGAAAUUCCUUCCAACAUUUUUCAUUUUUACUUCGGCAUCAAAAACUAUACUUCUAGGUCGGGCGAAUCUAGCCUCAAUUCGUACUGGACACUUUUCGUUCCUCGAACGCUUGGUACCCAUUGAUUCUUCUCUAGUAAGUAGAAGUUGUAGUAAGUAUUCUUUGCCGUCAUUCUUUUUCGACUACACUCGAAUGGAAACUACCAUUGAGGCUACAUAUCUGAAUUGGUUUAGGUUAAAAAUUAAUUAUUUUUUUGAGGGACAUAUUAUGUCCACCGCAUGUGGUUAUAUGCAUUUAUACGACAUAAAUGUGAUUAAUGUUGUGUGAUCCGACUUAUCGACUUCAUGUCGCUCCUGAAACGUCCUCUAAAUAACGUGAAAAAUUUUGUUCGAAAGACGCAAACUUUAUAACGAACGAAAAAGUUGAUUGAAAUUAGUUCUUGAAACGGAUAGAGGUACCAAACCGAUUGUUAUUCAAAAGACUAAAGUUUUUGAUUUAAAAUUUUGUAAAUUUUACGUGUAAAAUAAAUUAAAAUUUUUGUAAUUGUUACUACUUAGAGCAAGAUAAGAUAGAUAGAGACGUAUUUUCGACCGUAAC